AUGACAGGAAUUGACGUUUUGGGUUUGAAAGAUCCAAACCCUGGUCUUUCAUACACGGCGUCUCAUGCGCACCCUUAUACUUCUUCGUCCGUCUCCUCUUCCGCUUCCUCUUCGUCCUCGUCGGUCUUCUCCCUGGAUGGCUUGUCCACUCAGGGAUCCAUCUCCUCGACCUCGACGAAUUCGGUGGAUGUGAUUUGGGAGAAUGACGGAGAAUACCCGGCGGCAGGCCGAGGACUGCCCUCGUUGCAUGCCCCGCGGGAGCGUGCUGCUUGCUAUCUGAAAGUGCCCCAGCCCGACCUCCCGACUCACCUCCCGGUGGCUCCGGAGUUACGUAAGCACCCUCGGCGCACGAGUCACCUUCAGGGCAACAACGGCACCACGCGGCCUCCGCCGUGUCUCAUGCGACAGUCGGAGCGGAAGGUGAACUUUGUCGACAACCUUGUCGGUAAGUCUUUUUUUUCAAACAUCUCGUUGGCGUUCGGGCGUCUGGCUAAGCUUUUCUUUCUCUUUCCUUUUUUGGGUACAAAAAGACACCGCUUCGCAAAUCGUUGA